GCAUGCGCAGCCCCGCAGCCGUUACCGACGGGCUCAUUCAAACGGCGGACUGAGGUGGUGAUGGAACCGGAGCCCUCCCGCAUCCCCGUGUGCCGUGCUCGGCACCGGGCAGCCCCGCACCAAGAAACACAAAUAGCUGUUCCUUCAAAGAAACAACGUGUCAAUGAAAGAACAGACCUGGAGUUCAACAAAUGUCCUGAUUUUAACUUCAGCUCCAACAUCCCAGCAGAUGAGGUCUUCAAAGCGACAGGCCAAGGGUUGCCUAAAUCUGCCAAGAAAGGGGAGCCGCCUUUGAAGCCAGCUACAGUAAGACCUCUCAACAGAUACAAACUAGAAGCAGAGUUGAAGACCAAGAAUCAAGUGUUGGAAACAGUCAAGCAACAGCUACAAUCCAAAUUAACAGAAGCAGAGCGCAUCAUAAAGGGCCUAAAGGAUGAGAAAGAAGGCCUGGUCCAAGAAGCUGAGAAGUUCAAGAAACUUCAGGAGACUUGCAUGGUGAUUUUGGAAAGCAGAAACAUUGAUCCUGUUACAGGCAGCACCAUUUUGGAGGAGGAAGGAAAGACUCGGGAAUGCCAGAGGCAAACAGUGCAGUUCACAGAGGAGCUCAUACAGCAAUUGAGGCUAUUUAAUCAAAUGGCUGCAAAACAAAAUGAGGAACUUCAGCUACUGACAGCGCAGUGGAAAGCAGUGGAACAAGAGAGGCAAUGCUCCCUGGAGCAGCGUUUGUCCUUCCAAGAACUCAUGAAGGAGUGUUCAUUGGCACUUGACGAGCUGGAGCUGCGCCUGGCUAUGUGAGGAUUGACGAUGGACUGUAGUGUCUGGUUUUGCUGGUUUACUCCUAAUCCAGUGGGCUCUGUCAGACCUCACUCUGGCAUGGGGGUGAGAACUGAUGCACCAUCCCUGCCCCGGUGCUGGUGAACGUGUCCUCUGUCCCGAGCCCUCGUUGGGUUGUGUCUAUGUGUGUUAAUCCAUUAAACACCGGUACAUUGCU